AUGUCAUUCAUCUUCACUGGCCAAAAGCUUACUAUUCUACCACUCGUAUACCAAAGUCAAGAAAUCGACAGCACAGAGUGGAUAACCCUCUUUACCCUAUGUCUAGCUCCACUCAUCGCCCAUAUUAUAGCCGGUACACCCUCGCCAGUCUAUCUUCACCAGAGCCAACCACAAUGGCACGAACAGAUCUGCCUCUACAACCCAACGUCGAUCCUCUGGCGGUACGCGGCCAUAGCCGAUAGACGCAUUCGAGCCAAAUCAUGGGAUCGGACUGACCUCGCUCCUACCAAUGCCAUCUUUUGGACUAAUCGAGGCUGGGAUGGUUCUGAGGCUAUCAUUGCAAGCAGCGCGGCGUAUUGUUAUCACUUCCCCAAUAACACGAGGAUUUCGGUCUUUUCCAAAGAAAUGAUUACUACCAUCAUUGUCACUUCGCAGGGAAUCCAAGCCAUGGUACUCCUUCUUGGUGCACUUGAUAAGAAUAAAUAUUCUGGAUUUACAAAAUGGAUGGCGAUCGAUGCGAUAUUCUUCCCACUAGCCAUGAUUGGGCUUCUGAGGCUCUGUUGCGCAUUUUGGCUCAACGACGAUUAUGGUUAUUCGACAGCUCACUCAACGACCCUGGUGCCUCCCGUAUUUUACGGACACUCAUCUGGGGACGUUGCAGAGAUGGGCAAAAUAAGUCUCUUGCCGCGAACAGAUUCUAACGAGACAUCGUCGAGCACAUUACUAGAGCGUUCUACAUCAUAUUCACAGCCCCGUUUCAAAACGCCAUCGUCAUCUUGGGGCAGCAAAUUCUUCCGAUCAUUCUUUCUUUUUUUAGUCAUAUGUCUCUUGAUACUCGACACUUUGUACCUGAUCCGCGGCGGGAGGCAUACCACCACGAGCUUUGUUUUCACCAUUUACUACAUGUUCUUUCUCACCAUGACCAUCAUCAUAUUCAUGCCUUACUUCUGGCAGGGAAAGACAACAUCCACCAUCAUACCAUGCAUCACCUCAACGGCUUACAAGAUCUACACCGGCUUUAUUUUCGGCAUCACAGUGGCAACGAUUGUGAUAGCAUGUGUGGAAACCCGGAGGACUCCAUGCGGCAAAUACACGAGCGGUUCGGGCACUGAAGGUGAUCUACGUGCUUGUUGGAGCGAACAUACCGACUAUGUGUCUCUCCAUGUGGAGUACGACACUAAUUCAUCCGGACUUGCUGUCCAUGACUUUUCAAUUGCAAACAAGUUCGCAUUCAUCCCUGUCAACUCUACAAAGCUGCCAGAAGUAGACUUUAAGGGGACAUGCUUUGGAAAAGCACUUUCGAACGAGUAA